AUGACGUCAUCCUGCUGCCAUCCCCGCGCGGGACGGGCGCCAGGAGCCGCGGCUGCCGCCGCUGCCCGCCCGGAGCCGCCCUCGGCGGGGCGGGUCGCGCAGCGCAGCGCGGCGCAGCGCAGCGCAGGGCGGGUCCCGGCGCAGAGCCGCUGCCGGGUGCGCUGGGCCCGGGCAGCCGCCGUGCCAGCAGCUCUCGGCGGGGCGAUGCGGAUGGCGGUCGGUGCGGCAGCGGGCGAGGGGGCAGCGCAGAGCCCCGGCCCCGCCGCCGUGUCGCUGGGCUUGAGCGUGGCCGUGGUCUCCAGCCUGGUGAACGGCUCCACCUUCGUCCUGCAGAAGAAGGGGAUCGUGCGGGCCCGCGGGCGAGGUACUUCGUACUUAACAGAUAUAGUAUGGUGGUCUGGCACUAUUGCAAUGGCUCUGGGUCAAAUAGGGAAUUUCUUGGCCUACACUGCAGUCCCAACUGUGCUAGUGACGCCCCUGGGAGCUCUUGGCGUUCCAUUUGGGUCCAUUUUAGCUUCUUACUUACUGAAAGAAAAACUGAACAUUCUUGGCAAGCUGGGAUGUUUGCUGAGCUGCGCUGGGUCUGUUGUUCUCAUCAUCCAUUCCCCGAAGUCUGAGAGUGUAACAACUCAGGCUGAGCUUGAAGAGAAGCUUACAAAUCCAGUUUUCGUGGGUUAUCUCUGCAUAGUGCUGCUAAUGCUUCUCCUGCUUAUCUUCUGGAUAGCUCCAGCUCAUGGACCUACUAAUAUCAUGGUUUACAUCAGUAUUUGCUCUCUGUUGGGCAGUUUCACUGUUCCCAGCACAAAAGGCAUUGGGCUGGCUGCUCAAGAUAUCUUUCACAAUAACCCAUCGAGUCAAAGGGCUCUGUACCUCUGUCUGGUACUUCUGGCAGUAUUAGGAUGUAGCAUUAUCAUUCAGUUCAGAUAUAUCAAUAAGGCACUGGAAUGUUUCGACUCCUCUGUGUUUGGUGCCAUCUACUACGUUGUGUUUACCACCCUAGUCCUGCUGGCUUCAGCCAUCCUUUUCAGGGAAUGGAGUAAUGUAGGAGUGGUAGAUUUCUUGGGAAUGGCUUGUGGAUUCACCACAGUAUCUAUUGGAAUUGUUCUUAUACAAGUCUUCAAGGAAUUCAACUUCAAUAUCGGGGAUUUAAAUAAACCUAACAUGAAGACAGAUUAAAAUAUUUUUUGAGGGGAAACUGGAUGGCUCAGGGAAGGAUGCAGAGCCUUUCAUUUCUAGGUCACUGAUUCAAAUAUGAUUCAGGUUGGUAGUUACCCUCUGACGAUUUGGUGGCCUAUGUGAAAUGAAUUGGAGGCCUCCAUCCAGUUUCAAAGGAACAGUUGUCCAUGUACCCCAGUCAACACAAUAAAUGACCUUAAUUGGAACCACUGAUUGAGUCAGCAUAGAGACCGAUGUAUUUCCUUACUGUAAAAGGUAAUCCAUCAGAAAAUAUCUGGGGAUACUCCGACAGACCUGUGUGUGAAAGCUUGUAUUGUGGCUUCUGAGGUACUGUUUCUGUGGGCAGAGAACAUCAGUUUCUAAUGCACUCAAUCUGACACCUUUAAUGAGUGAUGUAUACCUUAAAAUAUAGGGAGGAAAAAAAUUGAGUGGAACGAUUUGUUAAUCUCAAUAUAGCAAUGUGUUCACCGUCAAGGCUGUGAAUUCGGAGACAAAUGUUGGUUGAACCAUGGACUGCAGAUUUGUCCUUUUUAGUGACUGUCUCGGCAACUUGGUCUGCCAUGCGGUGAAGACACUGGGGAGUUUUAAAUUGAAUUCUUUAUACAGAGCUGUGGACCCUUAAAAAUCUUUCACUAAUUACUUAUCAGCUGAUGGUAGUGUCCAGGUAUGCAUUUUUCUUUGUAACUUACGUGCAUUAAGACAUAACCGCAUUCAUCUGAGUUUUUAAUUGGGAGCAGACAGAAAGACUGUGAAGGAUGUGGAAAUGAUGCACAGACUCAUUGCCUAUAUGGUGGCUUAUUUGUAAGCAGCUCAGAACUAUUUCAGUGCCUUUGUAAUCCAAAAAUACUGCGUAAAUGUGAAUGUAUUUGUUUCAGAUGGCCUAUACCGGUUUAAUAAUUCAAUUUCACUGUCUAUAAUAUUGGACUGUAUUCAAAUUCUAAACACGCAAAGCAUCCAGAAGGAGCCACACAUUUUUUGAAGAAUUUACAAACCCGAACUGAAACCCUUAGAUGCCUUGACAGCUUCUGAAAAACCCAUAGUCCUAAUGGGAAGAGGUAAUCUACGGGAGGACUGUUUAAAGCAGUCCAGCAUACCUUUAUUUUAGUUAAGUGACUAAAUUCAGGAAACCAUUUUGUGAAGUAGCUAAUAAGCAGGGACCACAAAAAAAAGCAAUUU